AUGGACCCAAUGGAGAUCGACGCGACGGCGUCCGCAGCCCUAACAUCUCCUGCCCUAGAAAGCAGCCAUACUCUACCUUCGGACAAGCCACCUCUUGCCAAACGCGUCUUGUUUGAAGUGCCUCCGCGGUCCGAAGAUCCAAAGCGACAGCACAUCUCACGUCCACCACCGGUCCAGCCAACAGACACAACCACGUCGCCCGCCACACCCACCACCUCUGGUCCCCCCCCCCUCAGCCUCCUCCCCUCCAUCUUCCUCCCUUUCCACGGCGUCCCCACACUCCCCUCCUCCAUGCCCCUAACCCGCGAAGCUACCCUCGUCCAAACGAUCGACAACCUCACCGCACAGAAGAAAGCUGCAAAGCGGCUACAGAUCCACCUUGCCCUCCAGCAACGUGACCGCAUCAUUGUCACUGAGCGUGCCAAGGCGCGCGCUGCCGGGGAAGGGGGCGCGAAGGAAGUGUCGCGAGAGGUCACGAGUGAGGAAAUGGAUGCAAUUCACUCGCGCCUGGUGGCAAGGCCAGAUCCGAAGAAGACGAACAACGAGUUCGAGUACAGGGGCGGCGACUGGAUUCGUGACCCCGUGGAGAGGGAGAAGUGGAAGCGGCCGAAGGGAGAGGAGUUGGGGCGUGGAGUGGCGGAGAAGGUGUUGGCGUUGACGGCUGAGGCAGCAGCGAAAAUGAAGGUGUAUGAGCUGCAGAGUAAUUCGGUGUUGGAGGGGAAGAAGAGGGCGCUGGAGAAUGAGAGGAAGAGGAUGGGGGCGUUGGAGGGGACGGGAGGAGAGAUAAGCGGCGCGACGAGGUCAGGUUGA